AACUCUUGUCGACCUGGCCAUAUACUGGCAGAGAAAUGAGCCAGAACUUAGAACAACGUUUGAUGCCCCUGCCUCAUGCCACAACAGAGACUGAUAGUAUGACACAGGUUGCUACCAGCUCUCGGAUCAUGUUCGCAUGAUUCCGGCUUUAUUCUGUUCUUCCUUAGCAGAAUGUCCAAGGACAAGAAGAUCCCGAGCUACCUGUUCGAAAUUCUAUUGCCAAGCGCUAUCGAGUCUCUCGGUAUCUCAGAUUCAGCUUCUCAUCAGAACAUAAUUGAAGUUCUCUCUCACUGCCAAACAUUGGGCCUCUCCUCCGAACUACAGAGAAUGACUGCCAAAAUGACCAGAAAGGCACUCGAGAUUAGAGAUGAACAUCUUGAUUCUGUCUGCCUCCCAGUCUUCCGAUUGAUUCUUUCUUCAAAAGAUGCCUCGAACAUCUUGAACCUUGGACCUGUCCAAGCCAUGUAUCGGAAUGUACUGAAUUAUUACAUUUCCCGAUGCGUUCAACCCAAGCCAGUAUUCAAUCAAGAUUGGCAUCGGGCGAGGCGCGGUUGCGGCAAGCCUAGAUGUUCGGAAUGCAAGACCCUGGAUGAAUUUCUUACGUCUUCCACUCAAUCCUUCACCGAACUCAGGUGUAAAGCCCAAAUUCAAAUCCAUCUUGACUCACAAUUGCAGACUGCUUACCCCUGGAGAGAACAAUUGUACGAGACAACGCAAGCCAGGGGUGUGAUGACUGUGAAGAAAAUCCCUACCGAAUUCAACCACGAGUUAAGAGUCUGGGAGCAACGUCAAAAUCAGGCUAAGAAAGUGCUUUUGAGUUUCGAACAAGGAUCGCUUAAAGUGGUCUUGGGAGACGCAUUCGGCAUCAUUAUGUCUCUUCAAACACUGCACUUCGACCACAAGCCAACGCCCCCUGAAACCCCGGCCAUCGAUGUUACCAAGAAUGCUCCACCACAGAUCACGAACUCAACAACCAGCCAAGGGCCAGCAAGCGCAAGAGUCACGCCACUGGCGUCUUCGAAUCGCAGCUUUGUCAAUGCUUCCGUAGGCACUCUUAAAACGAAAAUAUGAACACGACCCUAAUGCUUCAGACCAGGUGAAGCGACCUUGCUCGUAGAAAGCGUCGUUCGUAAAAGGCCAGGACUUUUUUGACGUUUUAGCAGGGUGGCGGGUGGCGUUGUGUCGAGUGUUGAAUUUUUGGCACCUUGGAAACCCUCGAUGAUAUUUUGGUUGUCUCUUUGGCAUUUAUGCAU